AUGGCCUGGCAUAGAGGCUGGUACCCCGCCUGGUAGAGAUGCCACACUCGCUCCGCGGUUCGCAUGGCGCUCUGAAGACGCCGGCGCCUGCCGCCUUGAGGAGCCGCUGCCCCCGCUCCCUGAAGAUGGGGGAACAAUGAAAUAAGCGAGAAGAUUCCUCUUCUCCCCCCUCUCUCUCUUGCCCCCCUCCCCCCCCCUCCCCUCCCCUCUCCCCUUGACUCCUCUCCGAGGCACCAUGCUGACCCGCCUGUUCAGCGAGCCUGGUCUCCUCUCGGACGUGCCCAAGUUCGCCAGCUGGGGCGACGGCGACGACGACGAGCCGAGGAGCGACAAGGGUGACGCGCCGCCGCCACCUCCGCCUCCGCCGGGGCCCGGGGCUCCGGGGCCCGCCCGGGCGGCCAAGCCCGUCCCUCUCCGUGCAGACGAGGUGCCGGAGGCCGCGCUGGCCGAGGUCAAGGAGGAAGGCGAGCUGGGGGGCGAGGAGGAGGAGGAAGAGGAGGAAGAGGAAGGGCUGGACGAGGCAGAGGGCGAGCGACCCAAGAAGCGCGGCCCCAAGAAGCGGAAGAUGACCAAGGCGCGCCUGGAGCGCUCCAAGCUGCGGCGGCAGAAGGCGAAUGCGCGCGAGCGCAACCGCAUGCACGACCUGAACGCGGCGCUGGACAACCUGCGGAAGGUGGUGCCCUGCUACUCCAAGACUCAGAAGCUGUCCAAGAUCGAGACGCUGCGCCUCGCCAAGAACUACAUCUGGGCGCUCUCGGAGAUCCUGCGCUCGGGCAAGCGGCCCGACCUGGUGUCCUACGUGCAGACGCUGUGCAAGGGCCUGUCACAGCCCACCACCAACCUGGUGGCCGGCUGCCUGCAGCUCAACUCGCGCAACUUCCUCACGGAGCAGGGCGCCGACGGCACGGGCCGCUUCCACGGCUCGGGCGGCCCGUUCGCCAUGCACCCCUACCCGUACCCGUGCUCGCGCCUGGCGGGCGCACAGUGCCAGGCGGCGGGCGGCCUGGGCGGCGGUGCGGCGCACGCCCUGCGGACCCACGGCUACUGCGCCGCCUACGAGACGCUGUACGCGGCGGCGGGCGGCGGCGGCGCGAGCCCGGACUACAACAGCUCCGAGUAUGAGGGCCCGCUCAGCCCCCCGCUCUGUCUCAAUGGCAACUUCUCGCUCAAGCAGGACUCGUCGCCCGACCACGAGAAGAGCUACCAUUACUCUAUGCACUACUCGGCGCUGCCCGGCUCGCGGCCCACGGGCCACGGGCUGGUCUUUGGCUCGUCUGCUGUGCGCGGGGGCGUCCACUCGGAGAAUCUCUUGUCUUACGAUAUGCACCUUCACCACGACCGGGGCCCCAUGUACGAGGAGCUCAAUGCAUUUUUCCAUAACUGAGACCUCGCGCCCGCCCCUUUCUUUUUCUUUUGCCUUUGCCCGCACCCCUGCCCCCAGCCCUGUCCCCAGCGCAGGGGCACCCCCAACUACCCCGGCGCGGGGCGCGGGAGCGGGCCGCGUGUCCUGCCGCUCUCCUGGGCAGCACGGUCCUCUUACCUGUGGGUGGCCCGUCCCAGGGGCCUCGCUUCCCCCAGGGGACUUGCCUUCUCUCUCCCCAAGGGGUUCCCUCCUCCUCUUUCCCAGGGAGUACUUCUACAGGGACCCCUCUUCGGGCACUCCCUGGAGAUCAAACGCCCCCCCCCCCAAUUCCUAAUCCUUGCUCUUAGGUUUCCUCCUCCCCUUUCCCCCUGCAGGCCCAAAGGCGUUGGUAAGGGGGCAGCUGAGCAGUGGGAUACAGUUUUCCUGUUAUUAUUAUUAUUAUUAUUAUUAUUAUUAUUAUUAUUGAAACAGACACCAAGCUGCCAAGGCAGAAAGGAGCCGGGCGCCCCUUCUUUCUUGAAGAGGGCAGAAGUCAAGGCGCCCGAGCCAGGACCUGGAAGCCCUUGUCCCCAGCCCCUAGUCUCAGCGUUUUGUGAUUUUAAUUUUGGCGGGAGGGAAUGUGGAUGGAGAGGAAAGAGAGAGGCCAAGACAAUUUGUAACUAGACUCCAUUUUUCCCUUUUCCCUUUUUUAAACAAACAAACAAACA